AUAUUCGCUUACUGCUUAAAGACAUUCCAGCUUUACCUCUAAAAUGGAGUUUUUCCACAGUUCUCCAAUGAAACUCCUGCUUUUUGCUGCUUGGUUUUCAAGUGUGCUGGAUCCAUGCAGAUUUGUUGACAGUUGCCCUUCUUGUCACUCUGACGCCUACUGCGAUGUCUUAACAAAAACCUGCUACUGCAAACAUGGGUACACUGGUAAUGGAGUCAACGAUUGUAGAGAUGACAAUGAAUGUGAGAAUGUAACUGGAAUAUGUGGCUCACAUGCCAACUGCACCAACUAUGCUGGCGGUUACUACUGUACCUGCUUAUCUGGAUUCAUUUCAAGUGGGAAAAUGGAGAAAUUUCAGACUAAUGAUGGGACCUACUGCAAAGAUAUAAAUGAGUGUGAGGAGGACAGAAAAUGUGGACCCAAUUCGAAAUGCUACAACAAUAUUGGCUCAUUCAUCUGCACAUGUUUGAGAGGUUAUACAUCGCCAGCAGGGCCCUGGUUCAUGCCUAACCAUGGGACAGACUGCACAGAAAACUCAAAGAUACACUGCCAUCAGGACCACAAAUGUACUAAAGAGACAGUUGACAGCACACUGGAAAGAAUGACCAAUCUGUCCAUUCCAGAACGUCUGAAAGAGAUAAGAUAUCAAACAUCCGCUGCACUUUCUCCAGUUCUUCUCAUGUCAUACAUUGAGGCCAUGGUCAGCAAUAAAUUAAAGCCUGGAGAUGAGUCUAAACAUUUAGAGGAACAUGUCAAUGAAACCAUCACGAAUUUGGUUUUUAGUGUAAAUAACUUGGUCAAGAAGGAUGAAAAGGUGGAAUGGGACAAGAUAAAUGAAGAUUUGAGGAAGUAUUAUGUCACCAAACUUCUUCACACAGCAGAAAAGGAAACACUGGCCCUGUCUGCUGGUUACACACAUACUACUCAGAUGCAGGUGCAUGCCGGUGAUUUAGAAAUGAAAUUAUACACGUAUGAACCCCACCAAGCACAGAAGCAUCCGCUGUCAGCCAGCAUCCAAGGAAAUUCCAUUUCAUUAAGCACCAAGAAAGCAAAACAAACAAACAAUAAUGGCAGCACAUCCGUUGUAUUCCUCAUCUAUCACAGCAUUGGGGAUCUUUUAAAGCCUGCCGAUGACCCUGGAGUGGCCGAUUACUCUCGCUAUGCAGCAGCAGGUGAAAUUACAGUUAAUUCACCUGUAAUAGCAGCAGCCAUCAGUAACCAGAAGACACUUACACUGAACGAUGUGACCUUCACUCUCAAACACACACAGGAGAUAGAUCCAGUCCGUGAUGAGACUAAGUGUGCAUUCUGGGAAUAUUCACCAAGCAUGAUGGGACACUGGAGUUUAGAUGGCUGUAUACGCACUCGUGUGAACACCACACACACUUCAUGUUCUUGUAAUCACCUGACACACUUCGCUAUUCUCAUGUCCUCGGCUCACUCUAAUCUGCUUGCACACUAUAACGUUCUGACGAGAAUAACACAGCUGGGAAUGGUGAUCUCUCUCAUCUGCCUGUCCAUGUGUAUUUUUACCUUCUGGUUCUUCCGAGACAUCCAGAACACCAGAACCACAAUCCACAAGAACCUGUGCUGCAGUCUUUUCAUGGCCCAGUUCAUCUUUCUCAUUGGGAUUAACAAAAGUGCACACAAGUGGUUCUGUUCUCUAAUCGCUGGCCUGCUGCACUACUUCUUCUUGGCUGCAUUUGCUUGGAUGUGCAUAGAAGGGAUCCAUUUAUAUCUCAUUGUUGUUGGCGUCAUGUAUAACAAAGGUUUCCUUCACCGAAACUUCUACGCAUUUGGUUAUGGGAGCCCUGCUGUGGUUGUCGCAAUAUCUGCAACUCUUGGAUAUAAAUAUUAUGGGACCAGUUCUGUGUGUUGGCUAAGCACUGAAAAUAACUUCAUCUGGAGUUUCAUAGGCCCAGCCAUUCUGAUCAUUCUGGUUAAUCUGCUGGCAUUUGCUGUGAUCAUCUAUAAGGUUUAUCGUCACACUGCUGUAAAGAAGCCUGAAAUCAGUCACUAUGAAAAUAUCAGAUCUUGUGCAAGAGGAGCCAUUGCUCUCCUGUUUGUUCUGGGAGUUACCUGGGCAUUUGGUGUGAUGUACAUCUUAUAUGAGACCACCCUCACUGCGUAUCUCUUCACCUUCGCCAAUGUAUUCCAAGGGAUGUUCAUUUUCAUAUUCCUUUGCGUUCUAUCCAGAAGGAUUCAAGAGGAGUACUACAGAUUAUUCAAGAACAUUCCAUGUUGCUUUGAGUGUCUGCGAUGAACAGAUGAACUACAACACAAUGCUUUCAGAUCAAGGCAUUAAAAAGAUGUACUUUGCAUGAAUGUUACAAUAUAUUUAUUUUUGAAAGAAAUGUAUUAAAACAACUAAAAGUGAUACUGCAUGCUAUGAUCUUAAAAUGUCAUAACCUGCUGGAGUUGGUAGCUUUAAGACAAUAACAGAUUAUUUUCUGAUUACUGGUUAAAAUGAUUGUAUAUGUACUGUAUUGCAUACUAAUAAAAUCAUUGUCUACAUUUGAUGUGUAAAUUUUGAUGUAAUAAAGUUAACUAAACUGAAACAACCUUCUUCAGUACUGUAUAUAGUGUAGCAUUGAGGUUGUAUGCAAUUCUGUGAUUUCUCCUCCUUAGCCAAAAUACAUCAAUUUGGAGUGCUUUUGUCUGCCCCCCAGACCUGAUCUGUCAUCCUUAUCAUAAGAGAGCUUGAACAGACCUUCAAAAGGAUUGAAGUUAAGGAAAGUAGCCACCCCCCACCCCCGUCCUCCCGCACACCAUCACGUACGACACAUUCCAAAAUGCACUCCAGAUUAAAUGGACUAUUAGAACCCACAACUCCCUUCAAAAUGUAAAUAAUAUGUUUGUUUGCAAUCUAUAUGUUCUGCUUCUGUUCUAUAGCGAAAGUAGUUACAAUAUUAUAUGUAUACACCAAUAGACCUCCUGUGGUGUUAAAUAUGUAGAAAUGCAUGUAUCCUGCUUAAUAUGUGUUUAAAGUGUCAUGUUUAGUAUCGUACUUCUUUUGUUUUACGAUUUUUCUUCUAUUUUAGUUAACUUGUGUGAGUUGUAGCCUCAGUUUCCUGUUCCUAGCUGACCGGAGUGACCCCCGGUGUGGUCUUCUACUGUUGUAGCCUGUGUUGUGCGUUCAGAGAUGCUCUUCUGCAUACCUCGGUUAUAACAAGUGGUUAUUUGAGUUACUGCAAAGAGCUUAGAAUUACCACAAGGCGACACUUAAUAGCAGAGCCGGAGUGGGACUCCUUUUCAGCCCUGGAGUUUCAAGCCUUAGACCGGCCCACUUUAGUUCACGACUGACUAUAUUAAAUUAACGUUGGUUCCAAUUCAGUGCAAAUACAGUAGCCUAAGUGUUGCUUCACAGUGUAGAUUUAUCUGAACAGUUAACACAAUGUAUUGUUUAACAGUCUCAGAAUCUAUUUUCUGUAAGAAUUAGUGCUCAUAAAUAUACAAACCUUGAAAUGAAAAAAUAUAAAAUAAAUACAAAUAUAAUGUAUGUAAAUAAAAUAUAUUGAACUUUCUAA